AUGAAUAUUUUUAAAAUUACAGAAAUAAAGUAUAGGUUUGCUCGAUCUUUCUUCUCUAGUAUUCCUUUAAGAGCUUAUUUUGUUCGUCGGACUCGAUUUGGAUCUUUACCUGUAUAUUUAGAUAUUAAAGGUGGAGGAACAAAACAUUUAACAUUAAUUAGAAAAGUAGAAGGAAAUGCUCAUGAGUUAUGCAAAAAAUUAGAAAAAGAUCUUAAAUUAAGUCAAAAAGAAUUGUUUGUUAACAAUUUAACAAAACAUGUGAUUAUAAAAGGAUCAAGAGUAAAUGAAGUCAAAGAAAUCCUUAUUAAAGAUGGAUUUUGA